AUGCCACCGCAUCACUGGGAAACUUGGGGAUACCGCGGCGUCCGCGCGCACCCCUCCGGCGGCUUCUCCGUCGAGAUCCGGUUCCGCGGGAUGCACCUCGGCCUCAGCAAUUUCGACACCGCCAACGAGGCCGCCCGCGCGUACGACGUGGCGGCCUGGCGCCUCCAGUGGCCUCAUAGAACAUUGAACUUCCCCAAUGUGCCGACGUGGGAGUGGGCGCAGGAGCUCGUGCCUCUGCCGCUUCUUAGCACCAACGAGGAUCGUCGUGACAACCAGAAGAGGGAGCACCGUCUCGACAUCGCCGAGAUGGAUGAGGAAGCCAUGGUGCUGUGGCGCCAACACUUCCCGCAGGACAUCAUCAACAAGCACGAGUUCUACGCGCAAAGGAGGGCGGAGAGGGAUAAUAGGAGGGCGGAGUGA